AAAACUGUCCGAAGACAUAUUUAUUCGCUAUUGCUAACAAUGCGUUUGAAGAACUCAGAAUAUCAACAAAUGACAAGUUCUGAAGAGAAUGGUUUGGCAAAAGAAUUCUGUUCUGUUGUCCGAAAUGUUUCUCCUUUAAAGUUGACCAACAUCACCACUGGCAAACAAAUAAACGAUACUUUGUACCUUCGUUCACAGCCAAUCGCCUGCAAAUCACAAUACUGUUAUGGCUCGUGUAUGCCUGGCCAGUCAGGAGCCAGACCUCCAGGCUGUGCACGCCCACCAAAUGAAAUACUUCAGCAGGCAAAGGAAUUUUUGGAGCAAUUCAAUGUACAUAAAAAGUCAGAGACGAAUAAGGACUAUCUCAAACGGUGGGAAGAAAUUAAGAGGGAAGUAGAGGUAGAUGGCACAUACACCCUCACCUUAGAAGAACUAACGUUUGGGGCUAAGCUAGCGUGGAGAAACGCCUCGCGCUGUAUCGGUCGAAUUCAGUGGAAAAACCUUGAGGUACAGGAUGCACGGCAUGUACAGACCACUCAAGAGAUGUUCGAGGCUUUGUGUCGUCACCUGGAGCAUGCUACAAAUGGAGGAAAUCUAAGGUCGAUGAUUACAAUUUUUCCUCCAAGAAUAAACGGCCGAGAAGAUUUUUGUUUGUGGAAUCCUCAACUACUUAGCUAUGCAGGUUACCUACAGCCAGAUGGUAGCGUAGUUGGAGAUUCAGGCCGUGUUCAGUUUACUCGGGUGUGCCAGCGACUGGGGUGGAAAGGAAGAGGUGGACGGUUUGAUAUUCUGCCGUGGGUGGUCUCAUCACCAAAGGAAGGUCCCAAGUUUUAUGAAAUUCCGGAGGAAUUGGUGUUGAGAAUUAACAUGGAACAUCCCCAAUAUGAAUGGUUUUCAGAGCUUGGUUUAGAAUGGUAUGCUCUUCCUGCCGUUGCCAAUAUGUUGUUCGACUGUGGAGGAAUGGAGUUUCCUGCUGCCCCUUUCAACGGUUGGUACAUGAGUACAGAGAUAGGAGCCCGUGACCUGUGUGAUCCUCAGAGGUACAAUAUCACCAAGGAUGUAGCAAUCAAGAUGGGACUAGAUACAUCUAAUUUAACCACUCUCUGGAAGGACAAAGUGUUGUUAGAAGUCAAUGUUGCUGUCUUACACAGUUUUCGGAAACAAAACGUCACUAUUGUUGACCACCAUACUGCUUCUGAAACAUUUAUGACUCAUAUGGAAAAUGAGUACAAGCUACGAGGUGGUUGUCCUGCAGACUGGGUGUGGAUUGUACCUCCAAUAUCUGGAAGCAUCACACCAGUGUUUCACCAGGAAAUGUUGAAUUAUAUAAUGAAGCCUAGCUAUGAAUACCAGGAAAACGCAUGGAAGCUUUUCGAUUGGAAACGUAUCUCCAGUGUUAGCUUGAAAUACAAAUUUUCAUCAGUUGCAAAGGCUGUGUGGAUCACUUGCAGUUUGAUGCACAAGGUUCGAAUCUUCAGAGUGCGAGCAACAAUCUUGUACGCUACUGAAACAGGAAAAUCUGAGAACUUUGCUCAUCAUCUGGGGCGUCUUCUGGAAAACUCUUUUAAUGUCAGAGUGCUGUGUAUGGAAGAUUACAAGGCAGAAGAACUGGCUCAGGAGUCGUUGCUUGUGGUAAUCAGUAGUACAUUUGGCAGUGGAGAACCUCCGGACAACGGGAAGCAUUUUUGGAAGCACCUGUCUGAAAAGAAGAAAAUAAACUUUGAGGACUUAAGUCACAUCAAGUUUGGAGUCUUUGCUCUUGGAUCAUCUCAGUAUCCUACAUUCUGUUCUUUUGGUAAAAAUAUCGACGAGACAUUAGCCACAUUGCAUGCUGAGCGCCUCCUGGCGGUGGGUUUAGGUGAUGAACUUCAAGGACAGGAACAAACUUUCAGCAACUGGGCAAAAGAAUUCUAUCAGGUUGCCUGCAACUCCUACACGUUGACAGCUAAAGACACUUCCUUGGUUUCCCUUGAAUCGGCAAAUGAAUGGAAUCCUGAAAAGUUCAGAACAACUGUUGUUGAUGGUGUUUUUAAUGAUUUGUGUGAGGGUCUAACUAAGAUUCACAAAAAGAAAGUUCAACCCUACAGAGUUACAUCAAGAGCUCGACUUCAACAUAACAAUUCUGAACGUCAGACAAUUCUAGUCCGACUAGACAUUCAGAAAUCCCAAGACUUCACAUACGAACCUGGCGACCAUCUUAGCGUUUUCCCUACCAAUUCUAUAAAUAUUGUUAACCGGAUCAUGUCACGUCUGAAUCCAGCAGAUCGAUCAGAGAGAAAUGUGGUUCAAGUUGAGACUUUGGUUGUUGAUAGAUGGCAGCCCUACCAACGACUUCCCCCGUCUACCUUACGCACAGCCCUAUCCAGAUAUUUAGACAUCACGACACCGCCUAGUAUUAGGGUAUUGAAACUACUUUCAGCUAUGGCUACAAACAAAGAAGACCAAAACAGGCUUGGAGUACUUUGUGAAGACGUGAAAGAAUACGAAUCGUGGAAGAAGUUUAAAUAUCCAACGUUCGCCGAUGUCCUUGAAGAGUUUCCAUCUAUUCACAUGACUACCGUCUUCUUGCUGACUCAACUACCAUUACUGCAGCCUCGUUACUACAGCAUUAGCAGCUCACCAGCAUUUGCAAAGAGUGAAAUUCACCUCACGGUGUCACUGGUUAAGUUUCGGACAAAAGACGGAAAAGGGCCAGUUCGUGUGGGCGUCUGCACAUCCUAUCUGGAUAGUCUUCCAGAACAAGAAACUCCUUGUUUUAUCAGAAAUGCUCAAAAUUUUCACAUGCCUGCUGACAGAUCUCUCCCUAUCAUCAUGGUUGGCGCAGGCAGCGGCAUCGCCCCUUUCAGGAGCUUCUGGCAACAGCGAGAAAUGGAGAUCCAGGUGCAAGAAAAGAAAGAAUUAAAUAACAACGAAGUGCCUCUUAAUUGUGGCAAGAUGGUAUUGAUCUUCGGUUGUAGACAGUUUGGUGUAGACUCAAUUUACGAGAAUGAGACAUCCCGAUUAGUUAGUAAAGGUGUUUUACAUAAGGUCUACUAUGCAUUGUCAAGAGAACCUGGUCAUAAAAAGAAAUACGUUCAGGAUGUUCUAAAGGAAAAGAAAAAGAUGGUGAUCAAGUUCCUGUCGUUAGGUGGUCACGUGUACGUUUGUGGCGAUGCAGUUAUGGCGGACGGUGUUAGAAAGGCAGUGAAGGAUAUUCUUCGCAGCACAAUGUCAGAAGAGGACUCUGAAAAGAAAUUCGAAGAACUUCUGGAUAAAGGUUUAUACCAUGAAGACGUGUUUGGAGUUCUUCACAUCUAAAACAAGUAAAUAUGAAGUUAUAUAAGAAUUCUACUGAGAUAUUUUAAUACAUUAUUAAUGCCUCAUAAUGUUUUCCCUUAUUUUAGUAAACUUAAAUAUUAUUUUGUAAUGUUCAAAAUCACGUUUUCUCUUGUGUAUUCAUUGUUCUAUGACAUAUUGAGCAAAAUGGAUUUCCUCAAAAGAAAAUGUUAUGUAAAAAAAGAGGGGAAUCAAUUGACUAAAGCCCUCCACUGAUAGGAGGGUAACACACCUCUAUGCGCACUAACUCCCUCUAUGCAUUUGCACUCGUAAAUCUUCAUUCUUUGAUGAGGCAAAUAAGAAAAUGCGCACCGAAAGUGGGAAGGAUGGAUGGAAAUUUGUACGUAGGUAUCUAUCAAAAAUACAUUUUCAGGUAAGGAAAAUGUUAACUUCGCAGACAAUAACUCACUUUCUAACACAGAUUAGCUAGAAUCCCACGUUUAUAUUGUGGAGGAACCAAUGCAAUACCUGUCUAGACGAACACCCUUGAGAAAGUGUCUGAAUGAUGGCCAUGGGGUAUGACACCCGUGGGAAAAUGCAUCUCUUCUUGUCCAGGAAACAGUCUUUGCCUGUAUAGGUAAAAGGAAAAGACAUUGAAGCAAAAUUUAUGUCACAGGGAUGUGCGUAAUUGGUACAUGGGCAUCCGAGUACAUUCACACAACAAAUCAGACAGCCAGUAUGUGUAGUGUGGCUGGGGCUUGUUCAAACUGUACCUUGUAUGCUCACCUCAACUCUACCAUCAGACUCAAUGGGUCAAAAUUAACUGUGGGAGGAGGGCACUUGUGAUAAGUAUCUUUUCUCACCUCAACUCUACAGUCAGAUUCAAUAGGACUGACUACAGAUGCAGGAGGAGGCCACAUUUGUUAUGUAAGUAAGGACCACAAUUGAGUAUGGUCAUCUUGACUCUACCAGACAGACGGUGGCUGGAAGACGAAAACAUGUGAGAUAUAAAUAUUUAUUGGUUUUUGUAUAUAGUGCUCACAUUUACUCAACAGAACAGAUUUUAUGAGAUGGACUAUUUGCAGGAGAAGGGCACUGUAAUAUGCAACAUCAGUUCAUAUGUAGCACAUGCACACCUCAACUCUAAUGAACAGGAUCAGGCUGCAGGAGGAGGGCACACAUGACAUUAGUGAUGUAUCAGAGUUAUAUGUGAGGUGACUCACACUACUCCAACAGUGUUACCACUGCCCCACUUCUCACUGUAUUAUUAUUUCUUGUUCUAGCCCCAGCAGUUAGGCCCCCAGUCAGUGAGGAUUCUCCAAGGUCCACCCCAGUGGCUAGAAACUAGUAAGUGACAAGGGUCUCACAGACUCCAUGAAUAGAAGGAGGUGAAAUCAUGUUGGGGAGGAUGGGAAAAGGUGCCCAGAUCAUCACUGAUCCUUCAGUCUGGAGACAGUGGGUGACCACAAAACCUAUUUUUAAAAGCCAGCAAGUGUAAGCCAGAGAAGU